CUGGAACGCGGUUAAGUUGGGCAUUUUGCCGUCUAUUUUAGCUUAGAAGUGAACUAACGGAAUUCCUCAGUUUUCUUCACUCUUUUUACCCCAAACGAACCUCAAGCUAUCCGGUGAAUGACCCCAGCGGAUGAAGCCACGUACGUCGGUUUUGGUGACGCGCCAAAGAAUAUCUCUGACACACCCUAUCUUUGAAUUGUCAUCUCUGACCUAGCGUUGUUAUUGACGAAUCGCCAGGAACCCCAACCAGGCUUAAGCUUAUUGUUUUUAUUGUCAUUCAAGAAAGCUUUAAUUUUUUUCCUUCUGUGAAUGUCUGAAAUUAUGUUAUCUAGAAAAUAAUUAAAAAGGGUUUUCGAAUUUCAGGGGAAACCGAUAGGAACGACAGUAUGCUUCUUUCUCGGGCUUGGUUCUCUUGUGGCUUGGAAUAGCAUGCUCACCAUAGGAGAUUACUAUUAUCAGUUAUUUCAUAAUUAUCAUCCAUCAAGGGUGCUUACCCUGGUUUAUCAACCUUUUGCAAUUGGAACAAUGUCAAUACUUGCAUAUAAAGAUGAAAAGAUCAAUACUAGGAUCAGAAAUUUAGCAUGGUAUACCCUGUUCAGUCUGGUCACCUUUUCACACCUAAUGUUGGAUUUAGGCACAUCUGGGAAGGGUGGGAUUGGAAAUUUCAUGGGAAUUUGUGUUCUUGUUGCAUUCUUUGGAGUUGCUGAUGCCCUUGUUCAGGGUGGACUUGUUGGAGACCUUUCUCUCAUGUGCCCUGAAUUCCUCCAGUCAUACUUAGCUGGUUUAGCUGCUUCGGGAGCGCUUACUUCUGUCCCGAGGUUGGUGACGAAAGCUGCUUUCAAAGGCUCCAACAAUGGUCUCCGGAAAGGAGUUAUUCUGUUUCUGACAAUCUCCACAUUCUUUGAAUUCAUAUGCAUCAUUCUCUAUGGACUUGUCUUCCCAAAAUUAACUAUUGUAAAGUACUAUCGCUCAAAGGCAGCUUCUGAGGGAUUAAAAAUUGUUGCUGCUGAUUUAGCUGCAGCGGGAAUUCAAACAAAUGCAGGACCCCCGGCCCACAUACUUCCACAACUGCAAUCAGGCCUAACAGACCCAAACAGGCCAGACCCAGCAAAAUGAAGCUCUAAGCAGCCCACAAUACGCAAGGGGGUGCCUUCGGCCCCAUGACCGAAGGCUACCGUUGACAGAAUUGAGCUCAGAAACAUCACAGGUGAACAAGGCUUGAAAACCAAGCCUUCGGCAUAUACAGCCCUCGGCACAUGUAGGCCCCCGGUUAGAAGAGCCUUCGGCCCAACACCCUUCAGCCGAAGGCACCUCCCUCGACAGAAUAUCCUCUCCAUAUGCACCUGAAUCACCGUACCAAGUACAACUGUACAACGUCGCAUCCAACCACCGUAUUUAAUGCGGCCACACGCAAAUGCCGGUGCCACCUCGAUUGAGGUGACCCUCGGCCGUCGGAUGCUUGACAUGUGUCUCUGUCUAGCAUUUAUUGCUGCUAUAAAUAGCAGCCCCUUUUCCCAUUGUAAAACAUGACUUGAAUACACAGCAUACUACAAUUGAAUACUCUCUCUCUUACUUAUUGCUCUAGCUUCUCUCUAGAUUAUUCCCGUAGUAACCCCUCGGAUAGGCUACCCCCUGGGUACACUAUCUAUCAUUUGGUGCUCUCGUUGAGAGGUCGAAAAAAAGUAAGAAACCCUCCCCUUCAUCAAACACCAAACACAUACGAAAAUGGGAAGAACUCGUGCUCAGUCCAAGACCCUUGAGGACAACAACCUGGCCCUCGGCGAAGUCAACGCCCCCGGAGCCUCUAACAAGGCUCCCGAGGGCGGGGUCAUCGCUGGGGUGGAACAGGCUGCUGUUGACUUGCGCCUUCAGCUCCAGCAGAAUGCUCCCGAUGCCCGCCUCGACAUCGAGGUCCGAAAGAAGGAUCGGAGCGAAAACCAAGUUAGCCCUCUAGUCCUCACUAUCGACGUGCAGUCCGCAUUUUCUGCCUUCAUCCAAACACUCACCCAGAAUCCUGGUGCCUUCGGCACUCUGGUACCACUUCAGCCGCAGGUCGGGGAGAACGCCAUUCCUCCCCCUCUGCUCCCCUUCGUAAACCCUAUCAUUCGGUUAGGGAACUACGAAGGGGCCGUUGCUCAGGAUUCCGCUUCCCAGGAAGUCCAGUCCCGGGACCAGCGCGGUGCGAACAAAGAUGCACCCCGAACUUCCACCCUCGACAGGCUCAGAGGAAUGCAGGACCGCCGAGGGGUCCAAGACUGCCUCGGUGAUAAGGCAUUCCAAAGGCCCCAGGAAAGUGGAGGAUCCGUCUCGAGGGCAGACGAGAGACGUCCCCCUCGGGACAAGGGCAAUGGAUUGCUCCAUGCCGACGAUGCCAGACACCAAAUCAACUAGGCCCACUCAUCCCGGGGCGGAGGCCCUCCUGAAAGAUCACAGGGACGAAAUUAUUACAGCCCUCCAGCGUCGGCUUGAUGAGAUGGAGGCCCGUCAAGCACACACCGCCGUUUCCGCCCCUCAUGUAGAUCCCAAAUAUGAGGCCAUGCUGGCCAAAAUGGACGAAAUGCAGAAGAAAUUUGCCGAGGGCUCUGGGGAACCCGUCAUCCAACUCCGAACUAGGACGCCAUUAACCCCAAGGGUGUUGGCGGCCCAGAUUCCGGGAAAAUACAGAGGGCAACACAUCAAGCCCUAUGAAGGGAAGACUGACCCCCAGGGGAGGUUAUAAGAACAACCAUAAGGUCUGGGCGCAGCAGCCUGUUCUCUUGGAGCACUCUCGGACACCCCUGACGCAUCUCGUCAGCGUCAUCCUAGACUUCGCCGAGGAGAGGGGCCUCGUGGAGCGAGAUUCUCGUGAACCCCUGGAGGUAUAUGUCAUCAACCCCAAUGAACCUUACUGCCGUUUUCAUCGCCACCAGGGGCACAAAACCGAUGACUUCCACCAAUUGAAGACAACCAUCGAGAGGUUUAUACAAGCGGGUCAUUUGUCCCAGUUCGUCAGAGGUCCUCCCUACCACGGCCCCCCUAAAAACGAAAACGCCUGGGUCAACCCGAAUACCAUACCCCUCGGGGACCCGAAGGGUAAGAAGAGGGAGAUCAGGAACCUCAGUGAAGAAGAAGGGUACGACCAGUGCCAAGAGAAGAAGCGUCAUAUCCAGAUGAUCACCGGCGGCAACACGAGGGGAGACUCCAUCAACCAAAGGAAGAAGUGGGCAUAAUCCCUUUACGUGGGGGAAGUCACUCACAUGCCCCCCGUAAAGUGGUUGAGAGAGGAGCCCAUUGUAUUCACCAACGCCGAUCUCCCCCCAGUUUCCUCUCCUCACCGGGAUGCGCUAGUAAUCCAGAGUGAGAUCAACAACACCAUCAUCCACAGAACUUACGUUAACACGGGCAGCUCUGUCAAUGUGAUGUACCUUAGAACAUUCAAGGAGCUGCUUCUGGAGAGGGAGUCCUUUCGGCCCAUUCGGACCCCUCUGUCCGACUUCACCAGAGACACCAUAGAUUCCGAGGGGGUAAUAACCCUCCCGGUGCUCUUCGGCGACGGGCUCCAUAGAGCCAAGCUCGAAGUGGAGUUUAUCGUCGUCAACAUCGACUGCGCUCACAACAUCAUCCUCGGUCGGCCUGCCUUUGAGGACCUGGAGGCCAUCAUAUCCAUGAGGCACCUAUGCCUCAAGUUCCCUACUGAAGGAGGCAUCGGGUACUCCAGGGGGAACCAAAAGCUCGCACGCACCUGCUACCUCCAAAUAACGAAGAAGGUUUGUAAAACCGAGUUCCAUGUUGAGACCAUCACCGGGGCAGUAGAAGAGGAGGAGAAGAGGCCGAGGGCAGAACCAGCCGAGGAAGUUGAAGACUUUGCGCUCGAUCCGGCCAAGCCGGAGAGAGUCGUGAAGAUUGGAGCCAAGCUCCCUGAAUAUUUGAAGGCCGGCAUCACGGAUGCCCUCUGCGCCUACUCCAUUGUUUUUGCAUGGGGGCUGGAGGACAUGCCGGGAAUCAGCCGAAGGGUAGUCACUCACCGCUUGUCGGUGGACCUUUCCUCCAAACCCGUGCAAUAAAGAAGAAGGCCCUUCUCGGCCGAAAGGAGGUAUUUUGUAAAGAAAGAGGUUACCAUGCUCCUCUCCAUCAAACACAUUAAGGAGAUAAAGUACCCCUCAUGGCUGGCUAACGUAGUCCUCGCACAAAAGCCCCUGACCUUCCGCAUGUGCGUGGACUACACUGAUCUGAUAAGGCGUGCCCCAUGGACCCUUUCCCGCUACCAAAUAUUGACCAACUGGUGGACGAAACGGCAGGAUGCGAAAUCAUGUCAUUCCUCGAUGCCUUCCACGGAUAUCACCAGAUCUUCAUGCACGAGGAAGACACUGAAAAAACAGCCUUCAUGACCCCCGAGGGCAUUUUUUGCUAUCUAGUCAUGGCCUUCGGCCUGAAGAACUCAGGCGCUACUUACACCCGGAUGGUGGCCAGGGUCUUUCAAGCCAUCCUAGGGCGCACCAUGGAGGCAUAUGUUGACGACAUGAUCAUCAAAAGCAAGCAAUCAUCGAGAAACGCUGAUGACCUCCGGGAAAUUUUCGCCAUCAUGCAAAAAUUUAACCUUCGACUCAACCCGAAGAAAUGCACCUUCGGCGUGCAAGGAGGCAAGUUCUUAGGCUACAUGGUGAGUCGAAGGGGUAUUGAGGCCAACCCCGAGAAAAUCCAGGCCAUCAUCAACAUGGAGCCCCCACACAACGUGAAGGAAGUACAAAGGUUGACGGGCCGCCUACUAGCCCUCAACCACUUCCUAUCCAAACCAGCGGAGAAAUCCCUUCCCUUCUUCCAGAUUAUGAGGAAGACCGCCAGUUUCCAAUGGACAUCAGAAUGUCAGGAAGCCUUUAAAGAAUUGAAAAGGUACAUGUCCUCACCCCCUGUGCUCUCCAAACCCAAGGUGGGGGAAACUUUAUCUCUACCCCGCUGCCAUCAGCUCAGUGCUAAUCCAGGAGGAAGACGACAUCCAACAUGCCAUCUUCUAUGUUAGCAAGACUCUCAGGGAGGCGGAACUCAGAUAUUCUCCCAUGAAAAGACGGUGCUAGCCAUCGUUUGGACCGUCAAGAAACUGGGCCAUUACUUCCAAGCCCAUCCGGUCCAGGUCCUCACACACCAACCCCUUAGCGCUUUGAUGAGGAGCCCCACCAGCUCCUUCCGAAUGGUAAAAUGGGCUAUCUUCCUUAGCCAAUACAACAUUGACAUCCGUCCGAGGCCUGCCAUAAAGGGCCAAGCCCUGGCGGACUUCGUGACAGAAUGCACGGUAAGAUCAGCGGUGGAUGAGGAGCCCUCAACACCCUCAGAUGAAUGGUGGACCCUCUAUACCGAUGGCUCCUCUGCUACCAAAGAAUGUGGAGGAGGGGUAGUUCUCAUUACACCCGAAGGUUUCCGUGUCUAUUAUGUCAUCCGCUUCUCCUUCAAAGUCUCCAACAACGAGGCAGAGUAUGAGGCCCUUCUCUGUGGCCUUCGGCUGGCAGCUAACAUGAAGGCAAGACAGAUCCACGUAAAAUGUGAUUCCAAGUUGGUGGUUGGCCAGAUCUCUGGCAAAUAUGAGGCCAAAGAGCUUCUCAAGGUAUUUGAGGCACAUUCUCUCACUCAAAUACCGAGGGCUCAAAACUCUGAGGCCGACAUUUUAUCAAAACUCUCGGCCGAAUCCCCAGAGCACCUCUCAAAGAUUGCAAGAAUAGAGGAACUCAACCUUUCUAGCAUACACGCGAGCCCCAUCAUGGACAUACACCUAAGGCCGGAGAACUGGAUCUCCGACAUCAUCAACUUCAUCACCACAGGGCAACUGCCGGAAGAUGAGAACCGCACGAAACUCGCAAAGGUGAGGGCUCCCAGCUACACCCUCGAAGGAGGAAGACUAUACAAACGAUCUUACAACGGUACAUUACUUCGGUGCCUUCAUCAGGAUGAAGUUGAGGUUGCAAUGGAGGAAGUACAUAGUGGCUCUUGCUCAGCUCACCAGGGACCCUUCUCCAUGUCCCAAAGGCUCAUAGUCCAAGGCUACUUCUGGCCCACAGUGGCCUGGGAUUGUGCCAAUCUCGCCCGGAGAUGCGCCGCCUGUCAACACUUUCAGAAGGGCCCCGGAAGACCAGCGGUCAACUAUGCCCCCAUCAGCACUGCAAUAACCUUCUCCAGAUGGGGUAUUGACCUUGUAGGCCUACUGCCGAGGGGUACCUUCAACAACAGGUACAUCAUUGUCAUCAUUUUGUCCUCAAAAACAUCCUCACAAGGUUCGGUGUCCCCCAACAAAUCAUCUCCGACAACGAAACUCAGUUUGAGGUAGCCCCCUUCUGUGCCCUCCUAGAGGCGUGGGACAUCAAACACACCUUCUCAUCAAUUGCCUACCCCCAAGGAAACGGUCAGGUGGAGAAUGCCAACCGAACUUUGCUUGAGGGCCUAAAAAAGAAAGUUGAAGCCGAAGGGGAGGCUGGGUAGAAGAACUUCACAACAUCCUAUGGGCCUACCGCACCACCCCUAGGUGAGCAACAGGCGAAACACCCUUCUCCCUUUGCUAUGGAUUCGAGGUGAAAGCUCCCACUGAGGUAACCCUUCCUACCCGAAGGGUAGACCAAUAUGAGCCUGAGGUCAAUGACGCCAACAUGGCCCUUGACCUUCACCUGAUCUCAGAACGCCGGGAGCAAGCCUUCCUAAGGGCAGAAAACUAUCGAAGACAGGUGAAAGGCUACAUCGAUGCUAAGGUCCGUUCCCGAGAAUUCCAGGUGGGGGACUACAUCCUCCGAAGAAGGGAAGCAAGUCAACCAACCGAAGGCGGCAAGAUGGCCCAAAAUUUGAAGGCCCAUACAUCGUGACAACUAUCAUCAAACCAGGGACUUACAAACUAAAACGCCCCAAUGGAACUGAGGUCCCUAGACAUUGGAAUGUACAUCACCUGGUAAAAUUUUAUCAGUGAUGUUAGAGCGGCCAAGCCCUCAUGACUCACAAAUGUAUUAUCCAAACGGCCCAAGGCCCCUUAUUUUCAAGAAUAAACACAUGUUGGAGGCACCAAGUACAAAGAACAAAACGCGUGUGAGCAGCCAAGCCCUCAUACAAGCUCCUGGCCUAAGGCCUUAUCACAAACAAAAAACCCCGGCACCAAGUGCCGAGGGUGGACGCUCCAAUCUACUAUGAUAAAAAAAGGCACCAAGUGUUUUGAAAGACGACCCCUCGGUACCAAGUACCGGGGGAAGUAUAUGAGGAAUAACACCAAGUGUUAAAAAGAACGCCGUACCCCUCGAGGACGCCACUAUACCGAAGGCGCCACCUAUCGGUCCCGGAGGCACAAAGUGCCCCUGGCCAUUUGCAACUAAUGUGCAAAUAAAACCCUUCCUUGAAAUGCUUUCCGUGCCAUUACCCCAAGGGAAUGGCAGGCAACGGACUAUGUCCCGGGCCAAGGAUUCGACUUUCAAAAACGAAACGCUUCCCGCGCCAUUACCCCAAGGGAACGGCAGGCAACAGACUAUGUCUCGGGCUGAGGGAACGACAGGCAACAUACUAUGUCUCGGGCUGAGGGAACGACUUUCAAAACUGAGGCGCUUUCCGUGCCAUCCCCCAAGGGGAGGCAGGCAACAGACUAUGUCUCAGGCUGAGGAAAAGACCCUCGAUCCCCUCGGAACCCGGAAGGUUAAUCCCGAGGGGGGAGCCAACAACUUAUACCGUUGCCUCCCGCAUAGGCCAAGCCUUACCAAGAAACCAAGUUUCUUGAAGCCUUCCCUUCACUACCUAAAAAAAAGGGUGAAGGGGAGUAGACUCAACGAGCAAUCAAUGAGUACAAAUUUUCGACAGAUUUCACAACGGAACAACCUUCGGCGGCCAACGAGAAGAUUGCCUUCCGAAUCCAACUACUAUUCAACAAGCAUAGCCUAAAAAAUUGGCGAAGUCCACAAUCUGGUUGCCUCCGGCACCAGCCAAUACCGAGGGCUUCCACGUACAAUGGGUUCUAAUCCUACAAAUGGUUUGAAUUGGUUAAAUCCAAGCUACAACAGCCUCCGACGUUUCAACAUACACCGAUGGCAUCCACUCCAUGUAUGGGGCUCAAAAUCCAAAGUGCACAUCUCCGAGGCCAUCUCCGAAGGCUCUUGCUGAACAUCAUUCUCCAUCCCAGCAUGGACUGAAGGCAUCUGCCCUUACUAUGAUGGUUGGGCUACAAGAUUUCCUAAGUCCACACUUUGGAAAUCCACCAAAGCCGAAGGCUCAUAUGCCCAACAAAGAUUGAGGGCACCUACUACAAAGUACCGGAGGCCGGUGCUCACAGGACAUGAACUCAAAUUUCCUAAGUUUGCACUCCAAUAGCCUCCGACACUACAAUCAACACCGAAGGCUCCUUUUCUACAAGUGGGUCAAAAUCAACUAGCUCCACACUUCUACCAAGGGCUACUACUUGCAAAAUUAGUAGGGAUUUUUCUAAGUCCACAAGCUAAGUGCUCCCGGCACCACCAUACUUUGCUACGGGAAACUUUUCUUAAGACUACUGCGAACCGGGGGUAUGCCCAUGACACUACCCAAAAUUUCGGCUAAGUCCACAAUACCGGGCCCUCGGGAGUCUAGGACAAAGGCCACUCUAUUUCAUACAGCUGAAGGAAUCUGCUAACCGAGGGCUAAGUAGUACACAUCACUCAGAAAAUUUUCUAAGUCCUAAAUGUUUGGUCCUCGGUCAACUCGUGGUGCAGACAUACAUCCAUGAAAACAUAUGCAUAAAAGAAAUCGUGGGAAAUCGAAGGUACUGAUUCAGAAAGCGUCAAAAUCCUGAAGGCAUCCAAACAUACAUUCACUAAAAAAGGUUAAGUGUUUGUUACAGAAUGGCCGAAGCCGAAAGCUUGAAAACAUUAUUACAGGGCAUUGUUCGAAAUAUAUCUAAGUACAAUCGUUAUCAGCCCCCCCUUCAGCAGUUUUGGAGGUGACCUCUUCGCCGUUGGCCUCAUCGGUGUCACCAUCACCGGACUCCUUCAUCAUCUCAGAAUCAUCGAGCACUGGCCUCUCUUCGCCCGGGGGAAAGGGGAAUCUCACAUCUGGCUGUAGGGGGAAGACCGUAUGCCUCCGGAUCGAAUUGCUCCAGGGGGGAUGUUGAAGUGUCGGGCCAGCCUACGAUAAAUCAAACGCUGGGUGAAGAACUCACCCCCUUGGUAGUAGCACUCGCCUCUCUCGGCCAACCACAUCUCACCGGGGCCUUCAACCCAGGCAUCUAUCUUCUUCUGCACCAUAGAGGAGACCCAUUCUUCCCUAUCCUCAGCCUCCCAGCCACUGGCAGUAAUGGCAUCAAUAGCAGACCUCUCGGCCAGAGCAACCGCCUCGUUUUUUGCCUUCUCAGCAACUAAAGCGGCGACAUGGGCGGCCUCCCCAGCGGCUUUCUCAGCUCCGGCCCUGCCUUCGGCCUUGGCAGCUUCCACCCGCCGGUCAACACCCUCCGUUGCAGCCCGAAGGGUGUCCUCAAGAUCGGCCAGCUUUUUCUGGAGGUUGGACUUCUCCUCAUUGUCGGCAUCCUUCUCCUUCCUAAGCUGCUCCAUCCUACGGAAGUGCUCACAGAGACCCAUAUAAACCUGCAGCAAUGAGGGCACGAGGGGUCAAAACACGUUACCACGAAGGCAAGUAAACAUAAAAAAAGAAAAGGAAGAAAGCGUACGGAGGCGCUAUUCUGGAGGAUCCUUGAGUUGAGGCCCUCAUCGUUCAUCCGGGCGAGGGCCAUCCUGUCAGCUGAAGGCAUCACCUGGCUCAUCAGCGUCGAAGGGUUGAGGCUACCUUCCAGGACAGAAGACCCCUUUGGUACAAUUGCCUCCAGCGUCUCCCGGCCGAAGAAGUCCUGAUUAACAUGUUCCUGGGGUACAGGACCGAGGGCACCCACGUCAUCCACAACGAUGACGUCGUCAGUGACAGGCUGUUUGCAGAGUCCAUAGCCUUCUGCUUCUUAGCCGGGGGCUCAACCCCCUUUCCGGCCCUUUUCUUCUUGAUGGCCGCAUCAGCCUGAGAGCCCCCGGCUCCAACAACAUCACCAGCCUGGGAGGGCUCCUCCCCAUCCUUCUUGUAGAAGGCAUCCACCGGCUUCUGGGCAGCCGGAUCCUUCGCCCUUUUGGUCUUCCCCUUUUGCUUCUUCAAGGUGAAAAGAGAGUUCACGUCCAUAUUGCUACCUGCAAAAAGAAGACAAACCUAAAAUGAGACCGGGGGGUAAAAACAAACAACGUAAAUGAGAACUGCAAAAAUUGCCAAGUACAAAACGCGGUAGCCUUCGAAAUUCACCUCCGACACUCUCGUAAAUACGAUCCAUGGGGGGGUAUCUCUCAUCUUCCUCCCCCACCAGCCUAUAACGCCGAAAGCCCAGCUUGUGAAGGUCAUCCGGGAGAGUGGCUUCCUUGAUUGACACGUGCUUGUCAGAACCCUUCGACUUUUUUGCGAGCUUCCUACCCUUCUUCUCGAGGGCUGCACCCUCUACCUUCAAAUGACACCGAAAGCUAUUACAAAGCGGGACCGUAAAGGGUUUCUCCUCCAAGCGGACGUCGCAGAACUUAUCCUUCCAUCCCUCGUGGGACAAGGGACUUCAUCAAAUAGCCUAAACUCCGGGAGUUGCUGCAAGUUGGCAAAGCCCCCGACAUUCGAAUGCCCCCCCCCCCCCCCGGCACAAGUUGAAAGACAGAAAAAACUGGUCCAAGGUGAGUGGGACUCCUCGCCUGCGGCAAAGGGAGAGAAAGCCAGCAAUAUAGGAAUGGCUGUUAGGUGUCAGCUGAUAGGGGGCCAACCCCACAAAUCUCAGGUACUCCAACAGGAAAGGGUGGAGAGGAAAUCGGAGCCCCAUUUCAACUGAUAAGAUAUGGGCAGCGAAACAACCCUCGGGUGCAUGCAAUAACAAAUCAUCUCGCCUCGGUUCCACCACAUGUGCCGAAGUGUCCAAAUAUGAGUGGCCUUCGGGUAUGCCCACCGGCUGCCCAGCGUCGAAAGCGGCCUUUUUCUUCUUUGGGGCGGCCUUCGCUUUCUUCUUCUUCCCCGGGGCUACCCUGAGAGGCGUCGGGUCUAGGGGCCUAGAGCUGCUGGCCUCACCCGCAUUACGUGGGGGGAGGAUGGCGACGGUAACUUGCAUCCUUUUUUUCUCAUCCUCCUCCUCAGCAACUUGGAAAGCGAGGGCCAUCUCCUCAUCCUCGACUACCUGUUCAAACUCUUCGGCUUCUAAUUCCAUCCGGAGGUUGUCGUGGACCUCCGCGGCCAUGGCAAAGUCAUUGUUCAGCGAGGCCUGCUCACUGGAGGACUCCACGUCAGAAACACUCUCGGGUUGCACCGAGGCCUCCUUCGAGAUAUUUUGGGAAUCACUUUUGGAAGACAUUUUGUAGCGAAGAGUUUUCGAGCGAAAAUUUCUAAGAUCUAAAGGCCCUUAAACACGAGAUCUAAAGGAAAGGAAGCUAGAUAUGCAAGAAAUACGAAGAACGGUGGAUGAACUGACCUCGAAAGUAAAAGUUGGAUCGAAUGGGAGUUUCUCUCUAGAAAAAAUUGGCCAGAGCUUCGCUACAAUAAAAUCGCACAAGGGGAUGAGCUCCGGUCUUGGGGGUAUUUAUAGGCUCCUCACCCCGGGUUUGGGUCGAAGAUCUAGGCCCGGUAACGAAAUCAUCAUUACGAACCGUCACUUCAGCCAACCGGUGACGCCCGCCCGAAGCCGGCCAACGGGUACACGCCACGUGGGCAGCCACCUCCAACGGUCAUAUUCCAACGGUCAUAUCCCACCUGGUACCCCUCAGACAACUACUGGAGGGCAACUCUUUUGGACCCCUUCAUCUAGUGGGAGCCCCCAACAUAAAGAUGGGGGGAACCCCUCAGGGACCCUUAGCCCUCAAUGAAUUAAGAACCUGGGAACCCCUCGGGAAUACGGGAACUAUCAUGUGCGUUUGUCACACCCUCAGCCCUCAAUGGCUGGGGAACUCCCCUCGACAUCCCCGAAAUAUCCACAAGGUGCCUCCGGCCAAUCAGCGAGGAAGCCCUCAGAUCACGGAUAGCCCUCGGCAUCAACAUUAUGCUCAGACCAAGGAUCCGCCUUUUCGAUUCAUCAUUGGGGGAACUCGGUGCACUCUUUUUCCCUCAUUAAGAUUUUUCCCACAGGGUUUUUCCUAAUGAGGUUUUUAACGAGACAUCCCUCCAAAAUGAAUCAAAAAGAGUCGGCCCUCGGCCAUAUGCUAAAAACAGGCACUACUCUACUCCUUUUCGCCACAUUACAUAUGCCUCAAGGAGUGGGGGACUGGAAGACCCCCUCGGGAAAAUCACAAAAUGCAAAAUGUUAAAAGGGGACUAAGGGACUGCCCUCGGAAAAACACGCAGACGCAAACCUCCUACAAAAUUACAAAUUACAUCGAAAUAAACACCAACAUCAGAGGACAAACGCAAUUACUCCUUUUCCCUCAAGUACCUUUCGGCAAAAGGAGUGACGGACUCCUGAUGGAGUAUAUGGCCUAGGGACCCCCAACCCACAUACUUCCACAACUACAAUCAGGCCCAACAGGACCAAACGGGCCAAGCCCAGGAAAAUGAAGCUCUAAGCAGCCCACAAUACGCAAGGGGGUGCCUUUGGCCCCAUGAUCGAAGGCUACCGUUGACGGAUUUGAGCUCAGAAACAUCACAGAAGAACAAGGCUUGAAAACCAAGCCUUCGGCAUAUACAGCCCUUGGCCCAGGGAGGCCCCCGGUUAGAAGAGCCUUCGGCCCAACACCCUUCAGCCGAAGGCACCUCCCUCGACAGAAUAUCCUCUCCAUAUGCGCCUGAAUCAUCGUACCAAGUACAACUAGGGAUGGCAACGGGGCGGAUCGGGGACGAUUUUACAUACAAUGGGGCAAAAGCUUCUUUAUUUAUUUGCUUCAUUUCUUAUGUUGUUGUGUUUAUAACUACAUCAUUUCUUGUUUGUUUUUCCUUUCUUCAAAAAAAAUUGUGCACAUGUAUUUUCAUCCAAACAAAUAUAUUUAUAUUUUCAUUUGUAUUUUAAAAAAAAUGUAUCUAGCAUAAAUGGACUGCACCAUGCAAAACAGCCAUUUCCAAUAUACAUACUGCACAUUUUUUUCAAUAUAAAAUACAUUUACGCGAGAAUUUGAACAGUUCAAUCCAUUUCAGUCUAGGCUGGCCCAAAUCCAGCCACACUAUGGCUAUAAACAAUUCAUUAAAUGCCUAAUCUUAUAUUUUUUUAAAAAAUAACUCACUCUUAUUUAUUGCUGAAUACAAAUCACAAACACUUUUUUAGCCUCCUUAAUUGCUCACAUGCAUCAAUGGCCAAUCAGAAAAGUGCUGCCGUCCUUUCCUAUCCUCGGCUUAAUUCAAAACGCCCCCCGUGAAACAUGAACCCUCUAUUACGCUUCUUCUUCUCUCAUUCUCCGCAUAAUCUGACGCUCAAGGAAGUCCAACCGCAAUCGCAAGUAAGUUCUCCAACCCAUCUCAUCUCUGUCUCACUUGUCUGAGCGUCCAGGAUUCUUGCUAAAUCCUGGUAGCUUCAAACAAGGUAAGGUCUUGUUGGUUUCUAUUCCUUUUGAAGUUUUGUUGACGCUAUUCUGCUUACUGUGCUCUGCCUUAGGAUGUAUAAUUUUAACAAUACUUCUCAUUUCCUUUGUACAUGUUGUAAUUUUACAUAUAUAAUUACCUCAUCAUUUUGCUGAUGGUGUUCUGUUCCCUGUGCUCUGAGGUCUGAUAGUUUCAAUUCCUUUGCAUGUGUGUAUGGGAACGACCACACAAAUGAAACAACUAUAUCUUUAUAUUUCAUGACUUUUCAAAUAUAUUCAAGCAUAUUAAAACAAAAAACUAACUACCCAGCAUUUCACCAUUUUGUGAGUCAUGUCCACACCCCGAAUUAUACCAUAUUCCAUAUUUUGCGCAGCUGUUCAAACCUCAGGGCAAUUAUAUACCCAACUACUUGUUAUGCAAUAUGUUUUCAUCAUCUGCACAGUACACAUAAUGCAGUCAUUUACUUAUUCAUACUAUGUCAUUUCCGUUUGGCGGACCAUGGAUUUGUUCAAUAGAUGUACUGUGGAAACUGGCAAAGACACUUCAGGUGCUAACACCUUCACAUAUUACCUCCACACUGUUCAUGGAAGAAAAAUAUCUGUUGUCGUGCUCAUUGAAACAGGGAGCAACACAUAUGACUGGGAGACCAGCAUGGCCUGGCAGCACUUCUUAAUUGCCUCAGGAUUCAACAGACUGUUACCAACACGGUUUAGAAACAAGACAGAACUUGAACAUAAACUGAAUCAUUUUAUGUGGCGUGGUCUUAUCUUGCCCCCGCUUGCAGAUAAUACCUCCUUGCAUACAUCGCCACUUAUUUGAGCACAACAAGCAGCAAGCUGUACUAAGGUAUGGAGCUACCUCUACGACAACGCAUGUUGAGGCAUACACAUUCAAAGAUGAAUUCACCCAUUUCAUGGUGGAAAAUGAUAUCCCCUCUGGCACGCACAUGCUGCUCCGCCACACCGGAAAUUUCAUGUUUGAUAUCCUGACAUUUGACGCAGAAGGUUUUGCAUUGAACUUGGGCCCAUCACCCAAUGGUACGUGUGACGCCCCACUCACGGAAGAUCAUUUCCUUGUGUUCGUGGAAUCCGCGUUUCCUUCAUGCUCAUACCGACAACUGUUUAGUACUGCAUCAUUCCUUUAUCUGCCCACUCAUAUUGCAGGGGAAACUUGUGAAGCAUUUUUAAAAACAUGUUGUGAUAAGUGUGGGCGAGUACAUAUAUGGCACGACACUGAAGACGAGUACUUUAAGGGCACCGAACCUGAUAUUCUGCAGGACAUUCAACAGACUUUCCAAAUCAAUGAAGAUUGCUAUAUAGUCUUUUUUAGAUAUGGUCGAGGCAGACUUAGACUCCUUACCAUUUCCGCAUGUGGUGUGGAGGAGCCGCCUCGCCAUAAACACACAUAUGAGAUCGGCACCUUUACAUGCAGCGACAUAAAUGGGCAUGUUUGACACUCUACAACAUUGGCAGCCCUUUGAUGUCCUACUACGUUGUGUUUUUCCCCCAGAUGUUCUUCUUUUCAAGGGGUGAAGUAUUUAAGACUGCAUUUCUGUCGAGUUUGACACUUUUAACAUGUUGUUUCUCAAACUUAUUUGACACUCUACAACAUUAACAGACCUUCAACGUACUACUACUUUAACUGUUAUCAUUUUCGAGGGGUGAAU